AUGACCAGUCUUGCAGAUUUAUUUGAUGGACAUGUUGUUAAUAAUUCCAAUGAAGAAGUUGAUCUUAAUGAUGAAAAAUACAAGGGCAAAAUAAUUGGUCUUUAUUUCAGUGCACAUUGGUGUCCACCAUGUCGUGGUUUUACUCCAAUGCUUACUGAAUUUUAUAAAACACAUACUAAAGAUAAAAAUUUUGAAAUAAUAUUUAUAAGUUCGGAUCGUGAUGAACGGGCAUUUAAUGAAUAUUGUAAAGAUAUGCCUUGGCUUAAAUUAUCUUAUAGUGAACGAAAGAAAAAAGAAGAAUUAGCAAAAAAAUUUCAAAUAACUGGUAUUCCAACAUUAGUUUUAAUUGAUGGAGAUUCAGGUGAUAUUUUAUGUAAAGAUGCAAGAGAUAAAAUUCAACAUAAAGAUCAACGUGGUGAAUCAUUUCCAUGGAGAUCAUUAUAA